AUAUAUCGAUAUGACGAUUUAUGUUCAGAGACCGUAUGCUUAUAAAUAUAAUACGUUUGGGUGAAACUGUUCAGUAGUGUGACAACCAACAACGCUUGCGAUCAUCAUUAAAACAUUUUAUACUUUCGAACAGUUUAGAAUUAAAAAAUCAUUAAAAUGAAUCGCCUUUUUGCAAUCUCAUCGUUUAUGUGCGUCAUUUUGGUGGUAUCAGGCCAACGAGCCCCGUUCGCUGGUUCUAGACCAAAUGGCUAUAAAGACAAAUUACAAACGGAUAAUACAAUCAGUACAAGUAGUGAUGCAAACACCAACGUAAUAGUUGAUCGUUUUGGUGGUAGCACAAACACCGGUGGUGUAGCUGUAACAACAGAUAGACUUCCGCAUUUAGCUCUUGGUGAUCGGGAAAUCGUUGAUCGUUUUAAUACGUUCCCAGUUGACCAACGACCGUUUUGGCUGGUGAAUGCCGAGGCUAUCGAAGCGCAGAAGAACCAAGGCAGACCCAGCACUCCAACAAAUCAAAAUGUCGGGGAAAUAGGUAACCGUUUCGGAAGUGGAGGUCAACCGAAUACAGUCAAUGGAAACAGACCAAAUUAUCCGUCCGUUGUCUAUCCACUCGAAAUGACACCAGACCAACGGGUGCAAACACAACAGAUGUUCAACAAUCAGAUCCAGCAAACAGUCGCGAACAACAACAAUGUUCGUGUGAAUUCUAAUCCAUCACCGAGUCGAAUUGUUAUUCAAAAGCCUGUUGCCGCUCAGCAAACAAUCAACAAUGGCCCUAAACAAAUUCCGCAACCGGUUCAGGGACGUUUUCCGAAUUCUGGUUAUAAUGGUUGAUAACGUGAGGUGUUUGUUAGCAUAUAUGUGACGUGAUGUUUUAUCGACUCUCAAGUACCAAAAAAUUCACUAUUUAUAAAGCGCUUUAAUAUUUAAUGUCCGUUUCGAAUGUGUUUGUACUUCUUAAAUUAUAAAAAUUAUUUUUAUUUCGCA